CGCACUCAGUGCGCAUGCUCGCUCAUUUGCAAUAUGGCGGCCCCCGUCGACCUAGAGUUGAAGAAGGCUUUCGCCGAGCUGCAGGCCAAGAUGAUCGACACGCAGCAGAAGGUGAAGCUGGCCGACCUGCAGAUCGAGCAGCUGAGCCGCGUGAAGAAGCACGCCAGCCUGACGCACGCGGAGAUCAGCGCGCUGCCCGGCAGCACGCGCAUGUACGAGGGCGUCGGCCGCAUGUUUAUACUGCAGUCUAAAGGUGAUAUCAACGGGCAGCUGAUGGAGAAGCAGAAGACAGCCGAUGAGAAGAUCAAGGAACUGGAGCAAAAGAAGACCUACCUGGAGCGCAGCGUCAAGGAGGCAGAAGACAACAUCCGGGAGAUGCUGAUGUCCAGGAGGGCUCAGUGAGGAGCCCUAGCGACCUCAAGGAAACACACACACACACACACACACACACGUGCAAGCAGGGCACUCUCACAUCAUUCCACAGCAGCUGGACUAUGCAGUAGAGUCCAUGUUUUUGCUCCCUCCCAGCUCCCUGCCAGACAGUCCACUUAUUUGGAGUUGGGAGGGAGUAAAAACAUGGACUGUCUGAGGUCUGGAUUAGGAAGCACUGCAUUUGAGGUGUGAGGAGUGCAUCGUCCCAGCUGGUCAUUUCCACACACUGACAGUCACUGAAUACCAAGCGGAGUUUCUGAUUUGGGGG